AAACACGUACCAUGAAAGCAACAGACCUCUCUGUAGAACCAGCUGGAAUCAAUUUUCGGAUGUGAACACGAUGUUUUUCCCAGAGAAGGAAUCCAUAAGCAAAGAAGAGCCAGCACAUCAAAAGAGAAUACUGAGCUGGCUAGAAGAAAACACAAAGGAAGAAGACACCAUUAAAAAAGAAUUGUGGGAAUCUGAGAAAGAAAAAGGUUCACUGUCAGAACAAUUAUCAGUUAAGUCCCUUGUAUCUCCUCAUGAAAAACCACUUGCAGAAAUAGGGGAGUCACUACUGGACUGUAUUAUUAAAGAAUCCCCCAUAAAAGAUGUAUCUUAUUUUCUCACUCAACCUCGUGGCACCCUAUUUAAGAUAUAUCCAAGUUUUGGUAUUGAGGGACAGUUUUCUGGAGAGGAUAAUCUGAACUUGGCUGGCAAAGCUCCCAGUCCGAAAAGAGAUACGGAAGUGUCUACAGCUGAUAAGAAAUCUUUACGCCAUCAUUCUGAGACAUCAUUUGCUCCUAAGGAAGAAUAUAAGCAAGGAGGCAUGAGUGAUAAAGUGAUCCUCUGCACUCAUAAAACAGGGAGCCCCUGUCUAAGCCCUUGUGAAGCAUCAUCAAAUACGUGUAACACACAGUAUUCCAAGUGCCACUUGGAGAAACUAUCAUUUCAGGAGGAAGCUAUGAACUUUAGUGGUGUCACCAAGCAGCUAGAGCAAGGCCAGCAAAAACAAACAGAUCUUCAGUGUGAUGAUACGCUUUUGAAGAAGAAAAUUAAAGACAGGGAAAAACUGUUGCCUAGGGAAGGGGAUUUAGGUCUGGAUGAAGUGACUAAGAGAAUGAAGCAGAAUCAGAAGAAAGAGCCAGCUCAAACCAUUGAUUCUUAUUCAGAAAAUAUUUCCUUGGAGUCCAGUUUAAAAGAAUUAGAAACAGAAACUGUUCAGCAACAGUAUUUUGAAGAAAGUGUUAACAAGCUGAAGAAGGAUAUUGAAGAUCUAAGAGAAGGAAAAGGCAAGGUCAGAAAAGAGAAAAAUGAUGCUAAGAAUUGGCUGGUAGUCACACAGGAAGUUUUAUCCAAUGCCAUAAAACAUCUUGAGGAAAUUGUGACUGAAAAAAAAGUUCUUCUGCAGCAGGUAGAGGAACUAAAGUCUGCGUAUUGUCUUCUUCAAAAGGAGCAUGAGACAGAACUGAGGACUAAAUCUAGGAGACAGUAUUUGGAGAGCGACCAUAUUAUAUGCAGGAAAGAAAAAAAGAUAAGGGAACUGCAGCAUCUCAAACAAAAACUGGAACAUGAGGUUGAGACUGUCACUUCAGCCCUGCAAGAGCUAGGGGAGGAGAAAGCGAAUACAGAAAAAGGGUUUCUAUCCUUGCAAACAAAAUUUCAGGGAGGAAAAGAUAGCAGCUUGGCAGAAAGGCAACAGCUGGGAUCCAAAUACAACAAGCUGGCUGCUCAGCUUAAAAUUCUGCAGGUAGAAUUUGAAAAUGAACAAGCUGAAAGGGAGAAAAUGCAACAGCAGCUCUAUGAGUUCAGAAUAGAGAACCAAAAGCUGCAGCAACGAAGCGCUAAAGACCAAGAACGAAACCGCGUGCUGCAGCUUGAAACUGCCAGGUGGAAAAAGAAAUAUGAUAAAGUCAAAGAAUCACAGACAAUCAAGGCUGCUACAUCAUCCGUGCUUUCUGAUUUACCUCAGAAAAACCCGAAGAGUGGAAAAGACUGCCUUAGCACCUUUAACGUGCAGAGAAUAUCCCAGCUGUUAUCCAGAGUUUGCAAUAUUCUCGCUCUGGACACAGAUUAUCUUUCUGUCAUUGAACAUAACAGGAAGAAUGAAGCAAUUGUUCAACUGCAAGAAGAAUUGAAGAACCUUACCCUUAAAAAGAAAACUUUGGAGAAAAAGGUAGAUCUUCCUGAAUGGUUGGUGAAAGUAUAA